UUUGGUUUCCCUUUAGCCAGUGCAGUGUGAGCCUUUGCUUGAGACGCACACACAUACACACAAGACGCCUUUGCCUACAGCACGGCAACUUUCUCUAACGGAGCUUCUUUCACAUACACACACACACAUAAAUAGAGACUCUUACACUCUUGUGUGCAUCUAUUGAGGACAAGACAGAGAUAUUAAGGAGGAGAGGAAGAUAAGGCAAGAGAAGGAAGCCAACGCUUUUUAAAUGGCAAACAUUGUGACAUCCUUCUGCUGUGUGGUACUUGCAGCCGUGGUGGUGGUGUAUGCCCAAAGGCGCAGCCAGCAAGGUGCCAGGAUUCAGUAUGAGAGGAUAGGAAGUGAUGUCACUAUGCAGUGCGGCUCGCUGGACAGCGAUGCCUCUGUAACGUGGAAGGUGAAUGGUACGGACGUGAAGGCUCGCCGGCGAGAGGAAGGACCCCAUCUCAUCCUGAUGGAGGUGGACAUGAGUAACAACGGCCUGUACAGCUGCUUCCAGAACCCUGAUGGUCAGCGCCGAGACCAGAUCAACCUCCGCGUUGGACUUCCUCCAAAAGAACCGCAGAUGACGUGUCGAUCAAACACCUAUCCCAAAGGCUUCUACUGCAGUUGGCACCUUCAGCAUCCCACAUACAUCCCAACAGACUUUGAAGUUGACGUCCAACACAACCAAAAGCCCUUGGAGGUGAAGAGAGAUGAGCUUCAUAAGAACAGAUGUCACGUGAAGUAUCCAGAAAUGUUCUCCAGCUUUCCGUACCGAGUCAAUGUCACAGCUGUAAACUCACUGGGUCGAGCUUCCACCACCAUCAGCUUUGAGGAGUCAUCUAUAGUGAAACCAGAUCCUCCUGAGAAGGUGGUGGCCAAACCGGUUGCCAACAAUGCACGAAGAUUGGAGGUGACCUGGAACAGCCCCUCAACGUGGCCCGAUGUGGAGACCUUCCCACUGAAGUACUUCUUGCGCUACCGGCCACUCAUAAGAGAUCAGUGGCAGCAUGUGGAGCUCUCCGACAGCACCGCCCACACUAUUACCGAUGCCUACGCUGGGAAAGAGUACAUCAUCCAACUGGCGGCCAAGGACAUGGAGAUCGGCACUUGGAGUGACUGGAGUGUGGCAGUCCAUGCCACUCCUUGGAUGGAAGAACCCAAACCUAUAACCUCCACCACUGAGAGCGAUGUUAUCCAAGAAACCACCCCUGGUCCCCCCUCAGCUGCUCCACGAGUGGGGGAACCCACAGCGGCUUGCUCCACCCUCCUCUGGUCCACCAACCUGCUCCUGGCCUGCGUCCUGCUGUCCAUCAUGUGAUGUGUGAGCUUCAUUCCUGUGGGAAAAAAUGAGGAGUCUUCUAUUUCUAUUUUGCACAUGUUAAUAGAUAUCGUGCAUUGAUAAUUUAAUUCAAGUUCUUUUUCUCACAAAAGAAAAAAAGACCUAGAAAGAUUAAUAAAUGACGACAUACAAAAGGAAGACAAAAGAACAAUCAAAUAUUUCAGCAUCUCUGACGAUGAUAGCGAAAGGAAGAUGAACGGACACGGGAAUCGAACCCCAGGGGUGCAAAACAUUUGGGGACACGAGACACACCUGCCUGGCAGCACAACAAAUGAAACAAACAUACGAACAAACAAAAUUCAUUAAUCCGUUUUUUUGGUUCGUCAUGCAAGAUUUGUCAUCCCAUUUCGAUUCAUUAAAUAGACAAAGCUUUUUGUGUAACGUCAAUUUCCGCAACAUACAGCUAAUUCAUCAUGCCAAAGACUUGGACUGUUGUUGUUUUUUUUCUCUCAGUUUCCCGAGCUUCCCCAAACCUGUGUCUAAAAGGAAUUUGAACUGGCAGAACAAAAUGUUCAUAAACGUACAAGAUUGGCGAGUAACAAAUUUUGCUUAAAUGCCGUCAUUUGAUAUCGGUUUUAUCUCUUGCUUUGAUCAUUUUUGGCCCCUGAACACAGAGCAGUUGAAACUGUAAAUAACAAAUUGGUUUGGACUGUUCUGGACCGCCUUUUGUAAACAGCAAGAACAACGUGUUGUUGUCAGACCAUCUGUAAAGAUUAAGCACCGCGCUCAACCAUGCUUUCGCUCUACGACUAUUUGCCUUUCACCACCUUUUUUUAGUCAGUAUCUCACUUUAAUACUAUCUUAUUCAAGGUCUUCUGUUUCACUUUUUUGGUUUUCAUUGAAUAAAAUAUAAUUUUAGAACCUUCGUUUUUUGUUUGUUUGUGGUUUGCUUUGUUUUAUUUUUUCAAACCGUCAUAAUUUCUUAAUUCUCCUUGAUCAUAUUUUGUAAACUAUGAUAUGUAUCUUUAACAUGAGAAAAAAGGUUUAUUAUUUAAUAAUGUAUGUAUUAGCUUUAGAUUCUUGUAACCUGUUAUCUGGGUUCUUUUUAUAGAUGUACAUAAAUGAGAAGUUGUUCAUUAAAUGUGACCAUUUCACAAUGAGUAGAAGCUGUCAGUAAUUUUGUUCAUAUAUAUUAAGUACUUAAACAAUUCUAAACAAUUAUAACUGUUUUGCUUCAGGAUAUAGAUUGUUCCUUGGACAUCAUGUGUUGACCAAACACAGUACCAAAAUUGUUUAUCAUAGGAAAGUUAAUCAAAAUUUCCUUAAAAUCUAAUAUUGAUUUUUUUUUUAUUUUUAAUUAUUAACAUAACAAUUUUGGUAUAUAAAUGUCUGUUGAAUAUUUAUGAAGUUUUAUACCAUCGGCAGCCAAUAAUUCAUAGUACAAAAUAACACUGCACACUGCAAAUGAACUUGUGCUUAUUAUGGUCUUUUGUAUUAUAUAUAGUAUUUUGUUCGUAGUUUUUAAUAAAGAU